AUGAAUUUUUUGGUUUUUCAACUUUUUCUUUUGGUUUUACUUACAUUGUCUGGUUGCCCAUUAAGUGAGAAAAUAUCAAAUCAAACAAGUGAACAAACUAUUACUGAAUUUUUUCCUGUUGUUUCCUUUGCAAAGCAAACAAGUCAAAAGGCCACAUUAACACCACUAUCUUCUUGUACUAAAGGACGCAUUACUUUUUAUCCAGAAUGGGAAAAAGGUGGUUGUUGUAAUUAUGGUCCACGCACGGACCCCGUUAUUUCGGGUUAUAUGUUUGGUGGUUCACCAAAUUGGGCGUUUUAUGACAACUCAAACAAAUGUGGGAUUUGUUAUGAAAUGGUUGGACCUUUAGGAACUUUACGUUUUCGUGUCGACAACUCUUGUCCUGCUGAUGAAUACAACAUCCCGUGUGAUGGUUCUAUGAUUCACUUUGAUUUAUCUGCAAAUGCGUUUCCAUAUGUUGCAUCUGGAGGAAUUGCAAAUGUAACUUUUAGAAUGGUUGCCUGUGAUUACAAUGGAAAUAUCAAAAUCAAAACAUUUAAUGGGUCUUCAAUAUGGUGGUUUGCAGUUGUAGUCUCUGAGCAUACAUUGGGGUUGAAAAGUGUUUUUCUCAAAGAUUCAAUGAAACAAGAUUAUUUGCCGAUGAAUCGAAGUAAAUACAAUGUUUGGUCUUAUCAUGUGACAGACAACGUCAAAUUGGAAUUUCCAGUUUUCUUAAAAAUGUAUUCUAUUAACAAUGAUUUUGUGACAGCAACAAUUCAAACUCCACAAGAAAACAUCAUGACCGUAGCUGACGGAAAUUUUGUAAUUCCAAAAGAUCAAUUUUUUGAUGUUGAAAAGUUGUAUAAAACAUCGAAACCCGAAAAUGCUAACGAGUGUUGUACUUUGUGGGACGAUUAUUCAAUUUUGUAUAAAGAUGGAUUUGUUGGUGUUUACAACGACUGGUCAUACAAAUCCAAAGAAAAUGUUUAUUCGACUGACUCACCAAAAGAAGGCAAAUAUUGUUUGGAAAUGAUUAUGGAAUCAUAUGGUGGUCUUCAAAUUGGCGCAUCAUUUCCUGCAAGGGCUGAUCAAUAUGGUGCACUUCAGUUUUAUAUCCGAAGUAGUUUUGAUAGUGAAAGUACCCAUUUUUUAAGUAUUAAAAAGAAUGAGUGGAAAUAUUUCAAAAUACCAUUCAGUCAGCUCAACUUGACUGAUAAUAAAUUUUGGGGGUUCUUAGCAGUCAAUAAAAAUUCUUCGACAAAUAGUUAUUGGUUUGAUGAUAUUACACUUGCUAAAAAUGAAAAUGCACCAUCUGCUGCAAUGUGUUGGGAUGAGAAGGAAAUUGUCACAAUAUCUGGCAAUUAG